GCAUUUUGACAACCAAAUUUCAUGAUGAAGACAAAAUUUAUAUGAUGUGCGAGGCAAACCACAGGAUUUUGAAUGAUUACUCAUUGUUUAUUACUUUUCUGAAUGGCAUUCUUUUACGGUUCUAAGGAAAACGAAUUGUAGCCUAAUUGAUAGCCUUUUGGAGAAAUGUAUACAUAAAUAAAUGAUUGCCGAUGCGAUGCGAUGUGAAGAGAAGUGUGACUCAUUCAAGUAUAAACAAAAACACGCAUUGUUUCUUUUUUCAAAGAGUAUCGUAUAAACAAGCAGGCAUUCUUUUUAGUGCGGAUGUUUCGUAUUCGUUGCUGUGACAACUCGCAUCUUGCAUCAUAUUUACAAUCGAAGCCCUUCAUUCGAGUUGAACCAACUGAUAAAAUGAACAAAAGUAAAACUCAUCAAGAGCAAAAUACCAUUCUGGCCAAGGCGGUCAAUCAUUUGAAAAUGGAAUUGAGAAAGUCAAAACAUGAAGUUUCUUCAUUGCGUCAUCAAUUGCAAGUAUCGCGUGAGCAAAAUGUACAGAUGGCUGUACAGCAAACGACUCUAUUCGAAACCAUCGGACAGUUUGAAAACAAUUUGGACGAAGUAUUUGCAAACAAUUCAUUUGCCUAUGUUUUACUAUCAACAAGCAUCAAACAAAUUACUGCAAAGAAUCCACGGCGAUCAAACGUUAGUGCAAUCGAUGUAUCGACUUCAACCGAAAUCAACAGUCCAAUGAACGGCAACCAAUCGACUACAGUUGAUAGACCACAUCAAAGUACGCAGGAUGAUGACAAAGAUGACGCAGAUAUUUUAAAUACAGCCUUUCUCGUUGACUCGGAACAUGUGUCCGACGAAUCGAUCGAAUUACAACGCAAUGAUGGUUUAUCAACUGAGUACCAGUCGGGUGCCGUAGGAGUCGACCAAAAAUUAAUUAAGAAACCGUCUCGAUUGCCAGUCCCAUUGCGACGUUCGGUGAAUUUCAAACGGAAUGUCGGUGAUUUCCAGCCGAGUGCCAAUGAUUCCAAUCAAACGGUGAUGCUAACUCGACGAAAACGCAAGAUUGUUGACUACCGCGAACAACCAAUCAAUCGAAAAAUGCGACGCUCUGGUUAAAGCCGACAGAUUCCAUUCAUUGCCAUUUACCUAAUUACGCAUACCAUCCGAUUCAAUCGAAUACUUCGAUUUAAGUGAUUUCUGUAAUUUCAUUCGUAUUGCGCCCAACACUUUUAUUUACCUUACAAUAGCCUUGCGUAGAUGUGACAUUCCAUUUCAAGUUUUUGUUUAGUAAAAGAAAUAUCGUUUGUUUUUGUUUAAUCUCAUACCAAUACAAUUGGACCCUCUGAUUUGGAAUUUAAAUAAAAGUUGAUACAAAAGAAAAACACGAAAAAAUUCUAAUUUUCAUUUUUACACAGAAUUUAUUUAUAGUUUUGCCAUUCCUUUGUGUAUUAUCAGAAAAAAAGGUAGUAGUACAUUAUGCGCAUAAAUAUCAUUAUUUGUUUAUUUUUUAUUCCCCUAUUUCAUGUGCGUUUCCUAUUUAUCUCAUUCUAAUAAAAUUGAAUACAAAAAAAAA